GUGUCCCUCUCUCCUGUCAGUUCUCUAUAUGUGUCACACUACUCAGUGAAUGCCUAGAUUGACAGAAGAUAACAAACAGAUACAACAGACAAAGAUUGAAAAAACAAAUAAGCUGUAAGAAACUGACAAACACCAGUUCUCCCUCAAGACACAAAGACUGCUACCAGGAUGUCUGGCUGUACCCAGGAAGAGGAGGAGUUGCCUGCCAAUCACACAGGUCCAAAAGGGGUGAUUAAUGACUGGCGAAGGUUUAAGUUGGACAGCGUGGAUCAGACUGUCCCCCAAAGCAAGAGAGAGCUGCUCAGACAAAUGUCCAGUCCACGAGAGGAUGACAAGGAGAGACUCAACAGAAAGAUGAGUGUUCAGGAGUACGAACUGAUCCAAGAAGAGGAUGAACGCUGCCUGAAACGCUACAGAAAACAGUGUAUGCAGGAAAUGCACGAGCGCCUGAGCUUUGGUCCUACAUUUGAAGCGGUCUACGAGCUUGAAAGUGGAGAAGCCUUCCUGGAAGUCAUAGAGAAGGAACAUCGGUUGACCCUAGUGGUAGUCCACAUCUACCAGCACGGUGUCAAAGGCUGUGAACAGCUGAACUCAUGUCUGGACUGUCUGGCUUCGGAGUACCCCAGCGUUAAAUUCUGUCGUAUUGAUGCUGUGGCGACAGGUGCUGCUGAGCGUUUCUCCUCUGAGGUUCUUCCUGCCCUGCUGGUGUACAAAGCUGGUGAGUUACUGGGUAAUUUCCUGGCUGUUACCAAACACUUCAAUGAAGAGUUCUUUGCAACGGAUGUGGAGGCGUUUCUUAAUGGAUACGGCCUGUUACCUGAGAAGGAGUUCACAGCAUGUGCUGAUGAUGAGGACGAGGGAGGGGACGUGGAAUAGAAAGAGAAGGAAAGAGUGUAAUUGUAGUGGAGGGCAGUGGAUAAAAGCAGAGGAAGAGGAAACAGGAAGAGGGGAUAGAACAGUAAAGGGACAAAGGAAAGGAGAGCAGAGGAAAGGAAUUGAGGAAAGAAGUGGCGGAAAACAGUGGGACAGUGUUCCAGUCAUGACACACACACACACACACACGAGUUAAGAAAGCAUAUACAUUGCAUGUGCAGGUAAACACACAUAAUAGAAAACAUCCACCAGCCCACACUGAAUGCUGAUUGUAUUUAGAAGCAAUUAGGUGUAAAUCACAUGGUGUGAGAAAUACUGCUUUGCAGUCAUGUCAUAGCUUUACAAUAAAAGAUUACUCUACCAAAGA